CUUGACCCUUGGAUUGGAUGUCGCAUUCUUUCCAUUUCUUUCGACAACAGGCAACGAAACAGACGUACGAACGGCACGAAUACCGAUUCGAAUUGAUCGAGGUGUUUUCGAAAAAUCGAAGUUUUUUGAUUAGCGGAGGAAGAAAACUAUUGUUAUAGAAAGAAAAAAUGGGUAAGGCAAAGGCAUUGAAGCAUAAUGCAAAUAAAGGAAAACAGCAGUUGCAUGAAAUAAAAGGUGGUUCUAUAAAGAAGAACAAAGAUUCCAAAUUCAAAAAUACACCCAAAGGUAAGGUAGCUUUAAUCAACAAUUCAAUAGAAAUUUCUCGAAAGCUUUCCCCAAAAGUCUCCUCUGGAAAUAAAUCUUCAGAUCAAGAGCUUGCUCCAAAUAAAAACAAGAUUUCGAAGAAAUAUUGGGAUCAAAAGGCUUCUCCAAGUGGUAAUGCAGUAGCGAAGCAAUCAAAACAAGAUUUUCCAAAUAAAAAACAAAAUUUCAAGCAAAGCACAAACUCAAGCAAAGCACAAAAAAUUGGUAAGAAGACUUUCAACUCUAAAAAGAUGGAAAAGCAAUUGGAUAAAUCUAAUUCUAACACCAUUGAAAGUGAGGAUGAUAGUUCAAAUAAAUCAGAUGAAACAUCUGAAAGCGAUUCAGAUAUCCCAGAUAUUUUUGACAGGAGCUUAAAAGAAUCAGAUGAUGAAGAUGAAGAUUAUGAAGAGGAAAAAGAAGACACGGAUAAUGAUGAUGUCUCUGAUGAAGAAGAGAUGGACGAUGAUGACAGUGAUGAAGAAGAGAUGAGUGAGUGUAAAGGUGUAACAAUGUUUAAAGGUUUACAAUCUAAAACCAAGAAAAAUAAGAAAGGUCAAAAGGAGGAUGAUGAAGUUGAAAGUAAUGAAAAUACAACUGAGAGUGAUGAAGAUGAUGACGAGGAUGAUACAGAUGAAGAUGAAGAUAAAGACAUGGAAAAGCAGAAAAAGAAAGAUGAUCACAUUGAAAAACCUAAGAUUAGAAUUAUCAAAAAUUACGCUGAAUUCGAUUCUACUGUAUUGGAAAAUUCCGAUUCAGAUGACUAUUCCAAUGAUACUACUGAUUAUAGCGAUGACGAGGAUGCAGAAUUAGGUACAAAAGUACUUUUGGAGCAAACUAUUGCAGACGACGAUGAAGAUGAAGAUUUUAAUGAAGAAGAUAAAGAUACUAGUGAUGAAGACGAUAUUAGUAGUGAAGAAGACAGUGAGAAUGAUGAUGUAAAAAGGGAAGCCAAUGAAAAUGAGAACAGUAUUAUGAAAAAAUUUAACUUAACACUUAACGAGAGAGACGAUCUAGCAAAAAGAAUUGUUGUCAUUGAUAAUAUUCCAAAAACAACGUCUGUUGACGAGAUAAUAAAACUGUGUGAGGAAAAUGGAAAAAUCGAGUUAUUUAAAGCAAGACCUUAUCCAGCAUUCUUUCUUAAUUCACAAGAACAGAAGUAUGUAGGAGUUUUGGAAUGGCUAAAUAAGGAUUAUCCACAUCUAGAAACAUACUCAGCAAAUGUCCUAUAUUUUAAACCAUCAGACGCUUGGAAAGCAAUGAAGCUUAUGCAUGGAACGAAGAUCGAUGGAAAUUUUUUAAAUGUAGUAACUGCUGAUAAAAGUGAACUAGAGCCUGAGCAUGCUGUAUAUAUAACAAAUAUAAAAAGUACAAUGCCUGACAAUUUUAUAUGGGAAAUAUUUAAACGAUGUGGAACUAUAGACCGUAUGCGAAACGUACGUGAUCCGGUAACGGGGCUAAGUAGAGGAUUUGGUUACGUCUCCUUUUUUGAUACGGUCUCUGCAAAGAUAGCUCUUGAUUAUAACAAUGAAAAAUUUCAUGGAUGGCGAAUUAAAGUGGUACCAUAUCCCUAUCAUGAGAAUACAUCUGUUGAAAGUUUGAUAGGAGAAAUGCAGCGAAAGAAUCAAGCAAUUCUUGAUUAUGGACAGCGAACUCUUGAUAAUCGAUCAUCAAAAAAGUUUAAGAAGAGUUCGGGAGAACCUGCUAAUGUUGAAUCUGAAAGAAACGUUAAGAAGCAUAAAAAGCAAGAGGGAGAUAAAAAAACGUUUACUGCAUUUCAAGGUCAAAUGGUCGAGUUAAAAAAUAAAAAUAAGAAAAACAAACUUGAUAAGAAAAAGAAGAAAAUGGCAGAAAAGCUUGUAGCCAAAUCUAAAAAGACUAAAAAAAAUUAAGUUAAUAUUAUCGUAUUUUAUGAAUUCUUAGACAUACUUAUUACGUAAUUUUUUAAAUGAUUUUUUAUAAUCAAAGAUAUUUUUCGAACGUUCAUUUAAUUUUAAAAGAAGUAUUGGCAUUGUAAUGAAGGAUUAUAAUCUGUAGAAAUUUAAUAUCGUCAUAUAUUUCAUGGUUUGAUUAGAUAAUUGCGAAUUUUUAUUUUCAAAAAUAUGUUGAUACACAUGUUUGUUUAAUACUGAAGAAAAAAAAUAGAUAUUGACAAUGUUACAAGGGAUACUACAGUUCUCAUUAAAACUGAUCACACAUAGAUGUAAACGAGAAUACCUCCAAUGUAUUAUACCUCCUCACAUGCUGUUAUAAUGUAACUGCCACUGCUUUUUAAUAAAUAACAUUUGACAAGA